AUGGGGGUGCAAGAACAUGGGAAUGGAAUUGUGGGGGGGAAUAACAAGUACAGGAGGAUGGAUUUUGAUGCGUCAGAUGAAGAUAUUGUGUUGUCAAAUAAUCAUCAAUAUCAAGAGGGUGUUUCUGUUGAAAAAAGGGAUACAAAGAUAUAUGUUUUUGCCUGCGCUAUCUUUGCCUCUCUCAAUUCUGUGCUUCUGGGAUAUGAUGUGGGUGUUAUGAGUGGAGCAAUUUUAUUCAUCAAGGAAGAUCUUAAGAUAUCUGAGGUACAACAAGAAGUUCUUAUUGGAAUUUUAAGCAUAAUUUCUCUUUUGGGUAGUUUGGCUGGAGGAAAAACAUCAGAUGUCAUCGGUCGCAAGUGGACGAUAGCCUUUGCAACCAUUGUUUUUCAGUCAGGAGCUUCUAUAAUGGCUCUUGCUCCUUCUUUUACAAUUUUGAUGAUAGGAAGACUCUUGGCUGGGGUGGGUAUAGGCUUUGGGGUCAUGAUAGCUCCAGUGUACAUUGCGGAGAUAUCACCCACUGCCAUUAGAGGAUCCCUCACCUCUUUUCCUGAAAUUUUUAUAAAUCUAGGAAUCCUUCUUGGAUACAUUUCCAACUAUGCUUUUUCAGGACUACCAGUGCAUAUAAACUGGAGGGUUAUGCUUGGCAUAGGAAUUCUUCCCUCGAUCUUUAUGGGGGUUGCACUGUUUGUGAUCCCUGAAUCCCCGAGGUGGUUGGUGGUGCAGGACAGAAUUGAAGAAGCAAGAGUUGUGCUGUCAAAAACAAAUGAUACUGACAGAGAAGUGGAGGAAAGAUUGGCUGAAAUACAACUGGCUGCUGGCCUUGCUAACCCUGAGAAGUCUGAAACAAAAGCAGUAUGGCAAGAAUUAUUAAAACCUUCCCCUGCAGUUCGACGGAUGCUGAUUGCUGGUUGUGGAAUCCAGUGUUUCCAACAAAUCACAGGUAUUGAUGCAACUGUCUACUAUAGCCCCACGAUUUUUGCGGAUGCUGGGAUCAAAAGCAAGACUCAUCUUCUUGCAGCAACUGUUGCUGUUGGUUUUACCAAAACUAUUUUUAUCUUAAUAGCUAUAUUUCUUAUUGACAAAGUGGGUAGAAAACCGUUGCUUUACAUAAGCACCAUCGGAAUGACUGCCAGCUUACUUUCUCUAAGCCUUACUCUAUCUUUCAUGAGUGAUGGAAAAUUUGGGAUUGCAUUGGCAAUUUUAUCAGUUUGUGCGAAUGUAGCAUUCUUCUCUGUAGGUAUUGGCCCUAUUUGUUGGGUUUUGUCAUCUGAAAUUUUCCCUCUAAGGCUUCGAGCUCAAGCAUCGGCUCUUGGGGCAGUGGGCAGUAGGGUCAGUAGUGGUGCAAUUUCUAUGUCAUUCCUCUCAGUGUCUGCUGCAAUCACAGUUGGAGGAAGCUUCUUUCUAUUUUCAGUGAUUUCAGCUCUUUCUAUUGCUUUUGUCCAUACAUGUGUCCCAGAAACAAAAGGCAAGUCAUUGGAGCAAAUUGAAAUGCUAUUUCAAAAUGGAGGAGAGUUGCAAAGAGGUGAGGUGGAAUUGGGAGAUGUAGAAGUACAGAGAUUGAUGCAGAAAGACUGA